AUGUUAAUUGGAGGUAUUGAAGUAGAUCCGGAACCUAAUGUGAAUUUGUUGCUGAUUUUAUGUGAGGAAGCAAUAACAGAUAAUGAUACUUUUCACUUACUAUAUCGAAUUUGUGCAGUUAAUAUCAUUAAUGACCAUACAAAGCUUUACUGGCUUCGAAAUCAAUCACCCACGUCACUUCCGAAAGAAUCACUAUUAGAACCGUGGCAACUUUCGCGUAUAAUUUUGCGUUAUUUCAAAGGGAAACUUAUUGGCGGUGUUACGGCAUUCUGCGCUUCCGCUCAUACAUUUGCCCUUGGAGAAGUUGCUGUCAUUGUGGAGUUUCAUGAGAGUGAUAUACAACAUGAAGAAUCACUUUCAACAAUAUUAGCAUUACUUUCUGACAUGGGUAAUUAUUUGUCGAUGAUCUCAAAAGGUGCAUUAUUAAAGCGAAAUAUAUUUCCAGUAACCGCUUUGAUUCGAACAUCUCGAAUAUAUGAUUAUGGAUUAGUGGCAAGUCUCUAUACGAACUGCAUGUUAAGUUUUGAAAAUGGUGUUUGUAAAAAUAUGCUAUCCAAAUAA